AUGUUGAGCAAGUCGCAGCGCGAUGCACCUGAAGCCCUGCAGGACAUUCGUAUGUGUCCGAAGUGCGGCACCCGCAGUUAUCUCCGCAAGCGGGUGUGUAUCAACAUCUUAUGCCAGUGGUAUUACAUGCGUCAGGAGCCCAAUACCAAUCUUUGGGCACGUGGCCCCAUUCAGAGUUCAAAUGCCCAGACUGCAUCCUCGGGGUCCCUGGGCUCUUCGAGCAUGCAACGAUCCUGGAGCUGGACCUCGUGGAAGAACAGCGGCUACGCUGACGGCGUAUAUCAGAACAAGCUUGAGCAACAACUCCAAGACGUCCUCGAGGAGGAGGAAGCGGACUCGGAGGAGCCGGAGGACCCGGAGGUUCAGGUUGUGGCUGCUCGGGAAGGCGACGGGCCACGGAUCGAGGAGGUCGUGUCCAGCGACGAAGAGGCGAAUGCCUUCAUCUUCGGCUUGGAGAAGAAAAACCAAGUGAGCUCUUAUUCCGAGUAUGAGGAGGCCCGCCAUGCAUGGGAAAGCGCUUCCCAGGAGCACAAGGCGGGGCAUGCUCUGAGGUCAGCCAUAAAGAUGGAGAAGGAGCAUAGCUAUGGCAGCUAUGGCUCGGAGAAGGCUGCAUCGGCAGCCCAAGUGGCCCUUGAGGAGGGCCAAAAGUGGCAGAGGCUUCAGGCCAAGGGUGCUGCUUCGGAGAGGUUUGCAAAAGCAGUGGAAAAACGGCGCUUUGUGCCUGUGAAAGCAGAGCCGCCGGUGCAGGAUGACCCGUAUAUGCAGUAUGGGCAAGCUCCUGUGGAGGAGCCAAGCACCGGGGCCGGUGACACUGCUGAGCAAAGCACGGCUGCGAAUGAGCAAAGUACGCGUGAGGAUACUUGGGGCGAUUAUUCAAGCAGCUAUGGCCGUGGUUGGAAGAGCGGCGGUCGCAAGCAGCAGUCGAGCUCCAGCUGGGAGAGGCCCGGCCCGCAGAGUGGCAGAAGCCAGGAUGCCAUGCAGAAGUACAAUGAAUGGGAAGAGUUUAUGGAUAAAAAAUCCCAGGCUUAUUGGGGCUCGGAUCGAUGGCAGCGGGACUAUGCCUCUCAGGAGCAACAGCAGUCUUUCAAGAAGAGCAAAGGCAAGAAAAGAAAAUUGUGGCUCGCCAGCCAGAUUGAGACUCUGAAGCAGGAGGGCAGAUGGGUCGGAGGAGCUCCGUCGGAAUCCUCCAAGAAGCUUCGUUUGAUCCGUGAGGCCGAGGCGAAGCAGAUUGCAGGCCAAGGAGCCCGUCAGGAGGGCGGUGGUGCAGCUGAGGAGCCAGCUGCAGUGGAUGCGGGUCCUGACGAGGCUCAGGAGGAGCCCGGCUCGGGGCAUACCUGGCAGAGCUUCCGAUCCAUGGUGGAAGGCGCCGAGACCAUUGAACACGUGAUUGGUCUUGAUGAAGCCUACAAGCACCUGAAGAAUAACGAAGCGGAAACACAGGCAGAGCAGGCGGCUGCAGAUGAAACCCAGGAAGACCCUGAGGAUCUGACGAACUCCGUUGAGGCAGUGUCUGCUGUAGCAUAG